CAUGUCACAUUUCGCUGGUAGGGUUUAGCAGCAACAACACAAGCAGGGUAUAAACCCUCUCCCCUUCACCACUUUCCAUGGCGGAUUCCGCAAAACGCCGAGCGAUUUGAGCCUCUUCCUAACUUUUCUCUGUCUAUACAAUGGCAUCUUCGCCAAUAUCUCUUCUCCUCAUCAGACGCCUCUCUAUGUCCCUUCCAAACCCUAAAAGCCGCCGUAUUUUCCAGCCCGUUCUUGGAAAACCCCUCUCUACUUCGGCCGAGCAGAACCCUGAUCCCGACUCAUCGCCCAAACCCUCGUCUCUUUCUUCACGCCUCAGCUUCGUAUUUGACCAGAUCGAUGCCAUUGAACAGCGUCGUUCUGAGCAAGACGAAACCCUCGAGCGUAUCCGAGCAUGGCGCCAAUCCAAACAGACAGCAUCCACAGGUCAAAACUUGGACCCUGAAUCGGUAGAAUCCGACGGAACCGACGCGAAUUCUGGUUCUACCGAAUUGACUCUGUCGGACUCGGGCGAGUUGAGGAAGGAGAAGGCUGUGGUGGAGCUGGUGCAUCCGUGGCCGGAGUGGAUGGAGCUGAUGGAGAGGUUAGUGCAGCAGAAUUACCUCGAUCAUAGGAGAAAAGACGAAGACAAGAUGGUGGAGAGUCUGGGCCUAGACUCCUCCGAUAUUGUGGAAGUCGAUGAUGGUGAUGACAAUGUCGGGAAUGCUUUGCUUCAGGAUUUUAAGACUGUUCAGAACGCAUGUAUCAAUUUCGGGAAGGACCGAUUCGACAUCAUAAGGUCGUUGUCAAGAAAUGAUAUCCAGAUUCUUGUUGGUCAUGGAUGCCCAACCACAGAUAGAAAGGUGGUUUUCUCGGGAAAACUGCUGAGGAAACGUGUACGUCUCGACGAAGGAGAUGUCUGUAGCUCCUGCAGCUUGAGGAAUUCAUGUGAAAAGGCCUUUUUGCUGACCAACAAAGAAGACGAGGCUCGAACUAUUGACCUUAUGCGCAUCUUGUUUGCAUAUGGUUUUGACCCAUUGCAUGGGCCGGUGACCAAUAAAGAUCUAUUGAAGAAAAAGUCUGUUAAGAAUGUCAUCCGCAAACUUAUUCACGAGGUUGUCAAGUUAAGCGCUGUACCGAUAGAUCCCAAUCUUCCCCCACCUGUUAUCAAGAAGCCGCCCCCAAAAGUGAAACAGCCACCACCACCUCCAAAGAAACGUGUUGGCCGUGAUGACAUCGAGAUGAAGAAAGGAGAUUGGCUGUGCCCAAAGUGUGAUUUCAUGAAUUUUGCAAAGAAUACAGUUUGCUUGCAAUGCGACGCCAAGAGGCCAAAGCGACAGCUUCUUCCAGGAGAAUGGGAAUGCCCUGAGUGCAACUUCUUAAAUUACAGAAGAAACAUGGCUUGUUUUCAUUGCGAUUGCAAGCGUCCUCCCGACGAGUUUGUAGAGAACAAAACCCGUGAAACAAAGUAUGGCACAGGAACAGGAACAGGGACGCAGAGGCCUGUGAAGCGUGAUGACGUUUCCAAUGCCUGGAACUUUGAUUUCGAUGAUGAUGAAUCUGAUGGAGCAGAUGUCGCUGCAUUUGAAUAUGCAGAUUCUAGCCUAAGAGACAAAACCUCGGACCCUCCUUUGGAGGGUUUCAGAGAUCCUGACGACGAAUUUGACAGGCGCCCAGAAGCCCAAAGGUUUAGUAUGAGAGAGAGUUCUGAUUCCAGCAGGAGGGGAAGACCCGGAAUUGGAUUUGAUGAUUUUGACGAUGAAGACGACGUCGAUAGCUACGAGAUAGACGAAGGUAGGGAUAGAGACGUCCCCAGAGUUCAAUCUUCCUCUGCUUCUUACGAAUUCUCUGAAGAUGAAGAGUUUUCAGAGCCAAGGGCUGGUGCUAAUGCACUUAGAGGAGGGACUUCAAAACUUUACAGCAAUCAAAACAAACAAGUGAAGAGUAAAGCAGCUGUGUUCUCCGAUGACGACGAACUGGGUUUGGAUUCAGAUGAUGAGGUCUCUGUUACUCCUGCAUGGAGAUCGAGCCAUGUCGCUUCGAAUCCAAGAAGCCCACGAUCUAGAAAGAUGAGCUUUGGUUCGGAUGAUGAUUCUGAUUUUGAUUCUGAACUGGAAAACGAUGGUCCAGAAGAGAAUUUCAGGCGUGGGAAAAGAGACAGCGGAGGAAGAGGAGCGUUCAAGAAUAAAAGAAGCUCCUUUUCGCCUGACGAUUCCGAUUUUGACAUGGAUAACCGAGAUCGCAGGGGAUCAAGUUUCUCAGGUAAUAGAUCAAGAGAGAACAGAGGAAAAUCUGGUGGGUUCGGGGGAAGAACAAGAAACAGUCCGAGCAGUUUCAACAAUGAUUUCGAUCGAAACAACGGCGGAAGAGGAGCUUAUAAGAGUAAAAGCAACUCCUUUUCAGCUAGUGACUCGGAUUUUGACGCGGAUGACCGAAGUUAUAGAGGAUCACGAGGAAACAGAGCAGAUAAUCGUGGGUUCAGGGGAACGAGAAACAAACAGGGUGAUUUCAAUAAUGGCUUCGAUAGAAAUCGUAGCCGAGGGAGCAAUGCAGGAAGUUUCGGAGGAUCUAACAGAGGAGGAAGAGGAGGAGGUUUCGGAAACCGGCAUCGACAGGACAAUGACAAAGAUAGAGACUAUGGAGAAUUCAGAAACAGCCGGCGAGUUAUCGAGAGAUGAUGAAUACAUAAAAACCGGGUUUUGUCCGGAAACAAUGUUUUGUUGUGAACAAUUUUGGUCAAUUCUAAGAAUAAUAUUUAGAUUCAGUUGAA